GCAGCCCCUCCGCUUGUUUGGGGUCCCGGCAGCCGUGGUUCCCAGGAGCCCAAGAUGCGUGGCAAGGCGGCGGCGAGCUCUGGGUCAACUCACUAUCCUAAAAGUCCAUCCUCCCAAGAAGAAGGAACAGAAAGACCUCUUUGUAAGAAAGGCGCAGGUAUCCCAUGAACGAGACAGCAGAAAACCAACGGGAGUACAGCAGGACUCCAGAGCCAGAUAUAAGGCUCAGAAGAGGGCACCAACUUGAUGGUACAAGGAGAGGUGACAAUGACAUCCACCAAGGAGAUUUGGAGCCACUUGUAGAGGCAUCUGUCCUUUCUUCCUAUCAUAAAAAAAGCUUGGAGGAACGUCGCUGCGAUGAUGGAACAUCUCAGGAGGAAGAGGGGUUUAUGGGCAUGUCCCCCCUCUUACAAGCCCACCACGCCAUGGAGAGAAUGGAGGAGUUUGUGUGUAAGGUCUGGGGAGGUCGGUGGCAAGUAAUGCCUCAUGAUGUGCUACCUGACUGGCUCAAGGAUAACGACUUCCUCUUGCAUGGACACCGGCCCCGGCCUUCUUUCUGGGCCUGUUUUAAGAGCAUUUUCAGAAUACACACUGAGACAGGCAACAUCUGGCCACAUCUCUUAGGUUGUGUAUUCUUCCUGUGCCUGGGGAUCUUUUAUAUGUUUUGUCCAAACAUCUCCUUUGUGGCCCCCCUGCAAGAGAAGGUGGUCUUUGGAUUAUUCUUCUUGGGGGCCAUUCUCUGCCUUUCUUUUUCAUGGCUGUUGCACACAGUCUACUGCCACUCAGAAGGGGUCUCCCAUCUCUUCUCUAAACUGGAUUUCUCUGGUAUUGCUCUUCUGAUUAUGGGAAGCUUUGUCCCUUGGUUUUAUUAUUCUUUCUACUGUAACCCACAACCGUGCUUCAUCUACUUGAUUGUCAUCUGUGUGCUGGGCUUUGCAGCCAUUAUCGUCUCCCAGUGAGACAUGUUUGCUACCCCGCAGUAUUGGGGAGUGAGAGCAGGAGUGUUCUUGGGCCUUGGCCUGAGUGGCAUCAUUCCCACCUUGCAUUAUGUCAUCUCGGAGGGCUUCCUGAAGGCCGCCACCAUAAGGCAGAUUGGCUGGCUGAUGCUGACGGCCAGCCUGUAUAUCACAGGAGCAGCCCUGUACGCUGCCUGCAUCCCCGAGCACUUCUUUCCCGGCAAGUGUGACAUCUGGUUUCACUCCCAUCAGCUCUUCCACAUCUUUGUGGUGGCUGGCGCUUUUGUUCACUUCCACCGUGUCUCGAUCCUCCAGGAGUUCCACUUCAUGAUUGGCGGAGGCUGCAGUGAAGAAGAUGCACUGUGAUACCUGCCGGUGGCCGGGGACUGUGACCCUUAACCAGGGCCUGUGGUGCCUGCAGGGCUCCCUCACUGGCCGGUGACACCAGUACCAGAGGAGCCCCAAACCCUGGCAGCCUCGUGGCUUUGUGACGCCCCAGGACUCCAGGUGGUCCGCGACUGGGAAGAGAAAACAAAAAUAAAUCACACCUCAGAGGUGGAGAAGAGGAGAGAUGGCCCAAACCCUGCCUUGUUCUUGGGUCUGCUGAGUGAGGGCACUGUGAGACCCUGGCAAACUGGCUUCUGAUCUGUGUCCUACUUCUUUGUAGAUGCCGCGACAGUUUAGCUGGAGGCUCAUUCUUCUCCCUCUUCUCUCCUUAAAACAAAACACAAACCAGUUUCGAUGAACAUUUAUAUCCUAUAAGGG